AUGGGCAUUGAGAAGACACGGACGACACCGUAUCAUCCACAGUCCGAUGGACUGGUGGAGCAAUUUAAUCGUACCCUACAGGAUAUGCUGAGCAAGGUCGUAGGUGAACAUCGACGCGAUUGGGAUGACCAUCUCCCAUUUGUAAUGGCAGCGUAUAGGGGUAGUGUGCAAGAAAGCACCAGAGUGAGCCCGAACUUGAUGAUGUUUCGCAGAGAAGUUGGCAUGCCGAUUGACCUGAUGUGGCCUGUUCCGAGGGAUGAGGACGAACGCGUAACGAGUCACUGUCCUAAUGAGUAUGUAGACUGGGUGCGACGCGCAGCUGAAAAAGCUCACGAACACGCUCGAGAAUGCCUGGGGAAGGCAGCGGAGAGACAGAAAAAGGGGUACGACAGCAGAGUAAACCCGCUCGGAAUGAGGGAAGGCACAUGGGUAUGGUACUUCUACCCUCCAAACGAUGUGAAGUUAAGACGUCCCUGGACCGGACCAUUCCGCGUGGUAAAAGACCAAAAUACGCUCCGUUGGAUACAGCGGACGGCGGAGGGCGCAACCAUGGUUGUGAGUGUUAAUGAUUUGAAACCAUACGAGGGGGAGGUUGUUCUCGAACCCUGGGAUAAUAUGGAAGAGGGAGGUGACCCUGAAGCGACGCUCCUGCGAGUGGAACAGGAAGCUAUGGAGCGCGAGAUCAUCGCGAAGCGAGAACGAGAUGACCGCAACGCGGAACUCGCUGCUACGGGGGAGAAGGAACGGCUGGACGAGUCCGCCCUUUACCUCGAACAGCAACGCGAGGCUGAGGCGGCCACCCUCCGCUGCCAAGAGCAACGCGCAUGCACGAGGAAGGAAGCGGUGGACGCGUCCGACGCAGAGCAGCGGCCGGAACGGGUGGAGGCUGGAUUAGAUAAACUACACCGACAGCAGUUGGCACAAGUAGACGGAUCUGUGGGCGCAGGGCUUGCCCUGCAUGCUGAGGGAUAG